AUGGCUUCUACGGAAGGUAAAACUGCUCUCCUCGAAUCACCUCAUCUGAAAUACUGGCGCAUAGAUACGGAAGUCACAAGAGGUGUGACAUUUGAAAACUUCCUGAAGAAAUGUGGCGCCAGAUUUUAUCCGGAUUAUAUAUUUUUCGAUACUUUUCGAUGUCCCAUUCCGGAUUCUGACGAUUUUUUCGAGAUCAGGUUCUUCAGGAAAUUGGGAUUACCUGAAAACAAUUGGAUGCAACGUGGACCCAGGCUCAUUUACUCUUUUACCGAAAUCGAAAGAAAAUCAAAUUCGGCUUGA